ACAGGGACAUAGGGGUGUAGUGCUGGGGUGUGACAGGGACAUCAGGACAGCCUGAUGGGAACACUGGGGUGUGAUAGGAAUGGGGAUGCUGGGGUGUGACAGGGACAGCAGGACAACUCAGUGGGGACACCAAGGUAUGACAGGGACACUGAGAUAUGAGAAGGACAGAGACACUGGGAUGUCACAGUGACAGGAGCACCGGGCCAGCUCAAUGGGGACACCAGGGACACAGGGACAGCUUGAUGGAGCACUGGGAUUUUACGGGGACAAGGACAGUAACACCUAUCUGGGACAGGAACACUGGGACAGCUCAACAGGGACACCAGAAUGUGACAGGGUCAGGGACACGGGACGAGCCCAUGGGGUCACCAGGCAGUGAUGGGUUCAACAGUGUGACCCCUGUGUUGAGCUGUGAGUGACAGAAACACCCCAUGGGGACACUGAGCGGUGAGGGGUCACAGUGUCACCCCACAAUGGACUGUGGGUGGCUGGGACACCCCUUGAGGACACUGAACUGCAGUGGGUCACAGUGCCACCCCAUGAUGGACUUUGGGUGACUGACACUGGGACACCCCAAUCAUGACAAGGAACUGUGACAGGUCACGGUGUCACCCCCAUGGCUGAGCUGUGGGUAACAGUGACACUGGGACGCUCCGAUGGUGACACAGAGCUCUGCUGGUGACCCAUUACCAGUGCCAUCCCCACAACGAGCUCUGGGUGGCAACAUGGGGACACCCCGAGGUGACACUGAGCUGGGACAGAUCACGGUGUCACCCCCAUAACGAGGGGAUGGGGACACUGGUGCACCCCCAGGUAACUCCUGGGCUGUGACAGUCACAGUGCCACCUCCCCCACGGCACAGCAGAGGGGACAUGGGGACACCAGACCAGCUGUGGCCUGUGACCGACCCCGUGUGCUGUCAUGGGUGUGGGGGUGUAUUAAUUACUUAAUUAAUUUCUAAUAAACCCACCCAGUAGAGGUGUUUGUGAAGUCCUCCUCCUCCCCCCUGGGUCUGGGGGACCCUGAAACCCCCCUUGAGCGGCCCCCAGUUCAAACCAGUGACUCCCAAUCCAGCCACAUCUCCAGUGUGAGCACAGCGCUGGUUUGUCCCCAGGCUGAGCCCCUCAGUGCCCCCAGUAUCCUCCAGUUCCCCCAGUCCUCCCAGUAACCCCCCCAUCCUCCCAGUUCCCACCUGUCUCCCCAGUUUCCUCCAUUCCCCCCAAUCCCUCCGCAGUCCUUCAUAGUCCUCCCCAAUCCCUCCCAGUCCCCCCCAGUUCUCCCCAGUUCCCUCCAUUCCCCACGGAGCCCCCCGUCCCGCAGGGGGCGCCCUUACGCAUCUCGCCCCAUGCCUGCAACGUCACGUGGUCAUGACGUACACUGCCCGUUUUCCUCGGUAGGCUCCGCCUUCCUCCCGUUUCGUCCUCCGAUUGGCUGAGGGAGCCGUCAGUGGGGGCGCAGCGGGUGGCGAUUAGUCCGCGGGGCACAGUGGGCGGGCAUAGGGAGGCGGAAGCGAGUGGGACCCGGAUGUGAGCGCGGCCCAUGGAGGGGGCGGGACCCCCGGAGCCCCCCCGCCAUGGAUGACCUGAACCUGCACUUCAGGUUCCUCAACUGGCGCCGGCGGAUCCGGGAGAUCCGGGAGGUGCGGGAGGGCCGGGACCGGGACCGGGACCGGGAUCGAGGCCUGCGCUGCCAGGAGCGCGCCCGACACAUCCUGGUGGACGGGGACACCCUCAGCUACCGCGGCCCCUCGGGCGAGGUUGGCUGUUACGUGGCCCCGCGGCCGCUGACCCGCGACAGCAACUACUUCGAGGUGUCCAUCGUGGACAGCGGCGUCCGCGGCACCAUCGCCGUGGGGCUGGUCCCGCACUGCCACAGCCUCGAGCACCCCCCGGGAUGGGGGCCCGGCUCCGUCGCCUACCACGCCGAUGAUGGAAAGCUCUACAGUGGCCGGGCCAAGGGGCGCCAGUUCGGCUCCAAGUGCAGCUCUGGGGACCGGAUCGGCUGCGGCGUCGAGAGGGGCUCAUUCGGAGCCCCCCCAGCCCAGGUUUUCUUCACCAAGAACGGCCAGAGGGUAGGGGGUCUGGGGGUGCCCCUGUCGCCCCCGGGGCUGUUCCCAGCCGUGGGGCUGCACUCGCUGGGCGAGGAGGUUCGGCUGCACCUGCCCCCCCCCGGGCCCCCCGAGGAUGAGGGGGGAGCCAUGCUGGUGGACAGCCUGGAGGAGGAGUGGGGGAGGCUCCACGACGUGCGGCUCUACGGCUCCGUGUUGGAGUACGUGGGGAAGGGGAAGAGCAUCGUAGAUGUGGGGCUGGCCCAGGCGCGGCGGCCGCUCAGCCCCCGCAGCCACUACUUCGAGCUGGAGAUCCUGGACCCCGGCGAGAAGUGCUACAUCGCCCUGGGUGUGGCCAGGAAGGAUUACCCCAAAAAUCGUCAUCCUGGCUGGAGCAGGGGCUCGGUGGCCUACCAUGCAGACGACGGAAAGCUGUUCCAUGGCAGCGGGGUCGGGGAUCCCUUCGGCCCCCGCUGCUACAAGGGUGACGUGAUGGGCUGUGGGAUCAUGUUCCCUCGGGACUACGGCCGGGACAGCGAAGGUGACAGCGAUGACGCCUCGGAGCCGCCCGAGGUGAAGGUGAAGGUGCGCAACGUGAUGUACCUGGAGGAGGAGGAGGAGGAGGAGGAAGAGGAGGAGGAAGAAGAGGAUGGGGAGGACAUGGAGCAGGAGCAGGAGGGCAGGAAGGUCGUGGUGUUCUUCACACGGAACGGGAUGGUCGUGGGGCGCAGGGAGGUUGGGGUCCCCCCCGGGGGGCUCUUCCCCACCGUGGGGAUGCUCAGCACUGGCGAGAGGGUCAAGGUGGACCUGCACCCCCUGAGUGGAUAAGGGGAGGCCCGCGUGGGGCCCCCCCAAAACCUGAAACCUGCGGUGCUCCUGGUGCCCCCCCGGGCCCUCCCAGUGCACUUUAGGGGGUCUCCACGGCAGUGGAGACCCCCACAAGGUGGUUUUUAGGGGGUUCACUCCUGCCCCCACCCCCAUAAUGUCCCUCUUAUGGGGCCUCUUUGAGGGGGGUUCCCCUCAUUGAAUCCCCCCUCAAAAGUACCCCACCCAUGCCCCCCCCCAGAUGGUUUUUGGGGAGUCUCAGCCAUGGCCCCCCCAUUUUUGGGGGACCCAUUCCUGCCCCCUCCAAUUAUUCCAGUGACCCCCCAGGUGGAUUUGGGGGUCUCAGUCCUGCCCCUUCCACAAUGGGUGACCCUCGUGCCCCCCCUUUGACCCUCCCCAGCCCACCCAACCCCUCCCACUCCAUUGACCCCCAGUGCCCCCCAAAUCACACUUGCACCCCCUCAUCUCUUCCAGCACUCCCCAUUCCUGGGGGGGUUCCAGGGGGCAGGAUUUGGGGUCCCCCAUCAUGAAUGUAACCAGACCCUUCCAAUUCCAUGGAACCCCGGAGUCCCCAGCUCUGUGCUGGGGGCUGGGCUGGUUUUGGGGUCCCCUUUGAUGUUUGCACAUGGCGGGCGGGGGUCCCCAUGCCGCCCCCCCCACCAAAUAAACCAAUUUCUUACACCAAAAUAAAUGUGGAUUUAUUGGGGUUCCUCCAGGACCCCCCAAAUUGCAA